CAGGGGCACGUCAUCACGCCGUGAUAACAGUGGCACCGAUCGGCGGCUCUAUAUCGGAAUUUGGGCGCUCUGGAAAGACCGCGGGGGCAAAAGGAGAGCUUUCAUUCAGCAGUUCGAGCACUUCGCCGUUUUCCGCCGUCAAAGCAGGGAGACUUCACGCCACAGCGCGAAACAAUGGCGGUUUUGGGAGGCGCGUGCCGGCUCGUGCAGCUGGUCAGGGUGAGUCCGCCGGUGAGUUUGUGCAGGAGUGUGUUUCUCAGACGGCAGUCGACGGCUGCAGCAGCUGCGUUCGCCAGCUCCGCCGCUCCAGAGACUCAAGAGAACAGGAAACCCAAAACGGGGAUCCUGAUGCUGAACAUGGGCGGCCCGGAGAAGCUGGAAGAUGUGCAUGACUUCCUCUUACGGCUCUUCAUGGACACAGACCUCAUGCAGCUUCCGGUGCAGAAUAAACUCGGCCCUUUCAUCGCCAAAAGACGAACCCCAAAGAUCCAGGAGCAGUACAGUAAGAUCGGAGGAGGAUCUCCUAUCAAAGCCUGGACCACCAUGCAAGGAGAAGGGAUGGUGAAGCUUCUGGACGAGAUGUGUCCGGAGACGGCUCCUCACAAGUUCUACAUCGGGUUCCGGUACGUUCAUCCUCUGACGGAGGAGGCCAUCGAUCAGAUGGAGAAGGAUGGAGUGGAGAGAGCCGUGGCCUUCACACAGUACCCACAGUACAGCUGCUCCACCACAGGCAGCAGUCUGAAUGCCAUCUACAGAUACUACAGCAACCGCAGCGACAGGCCCAAGAUGCGCUGGAGUGUGAUUGACAGAUGGCCGACACACCCACUGCUGAUAGAGUGUUUUGCUGAACAUGUUCGUAAUGAGCUGGAGAAGUUUCCUCCGGAGAAGAGAGACGAUGUGGUGAUCCUGUUCUCGGCUCACUCUCUGCCGCUGUCUGUGGUGAACCGAGGCGAUCCGUAUCCUCAGGAGGUCGGUGCGACGGUCCAGAGGGUGAUGGACCGGUUAGGACACUGUAACCCUUACAGACUCGUCUGGCAGUCAAAGGUGGGGCCGAUGGCGUGGCUGGGGCCCCAGACGGAUGAGGUCAUCAAGGGCCUCUGUCAGCGCGGGAAGAAGAACCUGCUGCUGGUGCCCAUCGCUUUCACCAGCGACCACAUCGAGACGCUGCACGAGCUGGACAUCGAGUACUCGCAGAUCCUCGGGGAAGAGUGCGGUGUGGAGAACAUCAGACGAGCCGAAUCUCUCAACGGCAACCCGCUGUUCUUCAGGGCGCUGGCGGAUCUGGUUCAGUCUCACCUGAAGUCUAACGAGCCGUGUUCCCGUCAGCUCACCCUCCGCUGUCCGCUCUGCAUCAACCCCACCUGCGCUCAGACCAAGGCCUUCUUCGCCAGCCAGAAACCCUGACCUCUGACCUCGAGGUUAGCUUGAACCCGCGCGGCUCAGAGGGCAAAGCCGGCGCUCGAGGGUGCUUUCAGUCCGAGAUGAGUCACAAGUGCCGCCCUCGUGAAAAACGCGCGCACUUUUUUUUUUUUUUUUUUUUUUUUUUUCUCCCCGGCUCACAUUCCGACCUUCUCCGUCUCUGAACAUCCGCAUCCUCUUCGGACUUUUUAGUUUCCCUCUCGGCCUUUCGCUCCGGAGUUUUUCUUGCAUGCGAUCUGAGGACGCUUGUGUCUUCCCUCAAAAAAAAAACAAAACACGAAAUGCAGUCCAAAAAACAAAAAAUGCAAAAGCAGUCGGCGUGGAACAAAUGAGGCAUUUCCGGUUGAAACGGCUAAUAAACGUGGUGCUGAAGCUGAGCGCGCGUGCAUUCGUGCAUCCGACCGGCUUUAAAGAAAUCCUUCACAUUCGUUCUUUCAAACCUGUCUGACUUUAGUUCUUCUGUGGAAAUGUUGCGCACAAAAGCGGUAUCGUAUGACUUCAGAGUAGUAAUAUAAUAUAAUAUAAUAUAUACUUUUUACAAUUAUGAUUUUUAUGUCCGUAGGAAGCACGUUAAAAGUGUUUCAAAUACGUUUUUGGAGAAUAAAAUGUCAAAAUUUGGUUGAAAUAAUGGUACAUUUUGUUUUUGUAAAAAUUAAAGCAACAUGCUUAUUCUGACUUUUUUUACGUAUUGUUUUACAUUAUUAAAAUUUAUAAAAGGUAAAAAUAAGGAAAAUUUAUUGUUUGAAUUGAGUAAAAAAAAAUCUUACCGAAAAUAAUGGAUGGUGACGCAUUUAGAAAAUGUGCAACUAAUUAGUGUUUGGGGUGAAAGUAAUUUAUCUUUAAACUGAUUUGUGUUGUAAAUAUUAACAAUAUUAAAGAUUGCUACACUGAAUGACAUUUUAGUGGAAAAAUUGUAUUGUAUUAUAUUGUAUUGUAUUAUAU